GCUUGGAUGCACAGACGCGAGAGGAGAUGAGUUGCUUCGAUCUUUUUAUUAACAGAUAUUUCAUUAUAUUACUCCUUACCAUCAUAUCGACGCGUUUGGUUUCAUAUUUAGAAUUUAUUCCAAUUGUUAGGGUUGAUAACUUGGGUUUAAAUUUCUUCAAAACGCUGUAAAUUAUUUGAUACACUUGUAGCUAGUUAAUCAUAUUGAAGAUGAAAACAAGUGUCAUCUUUUUACAAAACCUGAUUCGUAUGUUCCGAAAACAGCUCAAACAUUCAGGCGACUUGCAAACGAAUUAGAAUUGUUGCGUCCUUAGGUGUAGUUCUGUCUUGGUUAUUUGGCUGUACAAAGCCUUUUUUUAAGUGGAAAUUGAAUGUCAUGGAUUCCUGCAGCCAUGUCUUGUAAAUCUAAAGUUGCCCCCAGUGUUGACUUCGACCACAGCUGCUCUGAUAGUGUCGAGUAUUUGACACUCAACUUUGGGCCCUUUGAGACUGUCCAUCGCUGGAGGAGGCUACCACCAUGUGAUGAGUUUGUGGGUGCAAGGCGUAGCAAGCACACUGUUGUGGCAUACAGGGAUGCCAUCUACGUCUUUGGAGGAGACAAUGGAAAGAACAUGUUGAAUGACCUGUUACGGUUUGACGUGAAAGACUGCUCAUGGUGCCGGGCAUUUACUACUGGCACCCCACCAGCACCAAGAUAUCACCAUUCUGCUGUUGUGUAUGGAAGCAGCAUGUUUGUGUUUGGUGGCUACACUGGAGACAUCUAUUCAAACUCUAACUUGAAAAAUAAAAACGAUCUGUUUGAGUACAAGUUUGCCACCGGUCAGUGGACAGAAUGGAAGGUGGAGGGGCGUUUGGUUGCCAGAUCUGCCCAUGGAGCCACAGUCUAUAAUGACAAGCUUUGGAUUUUUGCUGGAUAUGAUGGAAAUGCAAGACUGAAUGAUAUGUGGACCAUUGGUCUUCAGGAUCGUGAGCAGGCUUCCUGGGAAGAGAUUGAACAAAGUGGAGAAAUUCCCCCCUCCUGCUGUAACUUCCCUGUAGCUGUAUGUCGGGAUAAGAUGUUUGUAUUCUCUGGCCAGAGUGGAGCCAAGAUCACCAACAACCUCUUUCAGUUUGAAUUCAAAGGCCACAUAUGGACUCGUAUCCCAACUGAGCACUUGCUGCGCGGUUCCCCUCCGCCGCCUCAAAGACGCUAUGGACACACAAUGGUGGCAUUUGACCGUCACUUGUACGUGUUUGGAGGGGCGGCAGACAACACUCUGCCUAAUGAACUUCACUGCUAUGAUGUAGACUCUCAGACCUGGGAGGUCAUACAGCCCAGCACAGAUAGCGAGAUGCCAAGUGGGAGGCUGUUCCAUGCAGCGGCUGUUAUCCACGAUGCCAUGUACAUCUUUGGAGGGACAGUGGAUAAUAAUGUGCGCAGUGGAGAAAUGUAUAGAUUUCAGUUUUCUUGCUAUCCAAAGUGCACACUUCAUGAAGACUAUGGGAAACUGUGGGAAAACCGUCAGUUCUGUGAUGUCGAGUUUAUCUUGGGGGAGAGGGAGGAGAAGGUUCUUGGUCAUAUCGCCAUUGUAACGGCUCGCUGUCAGUGGCUUCGCAAGAAGAUUCUACAGGCGAGAGAUCGACAGAAACAGAAGUGUAAACAGGAAGGCAAUGAGGAGAGUGAAGAGUCUGGCUUUGGCAGUGGAAGGACUUCAAGGGGUCCUCCUUUAUUAGAAGUAUCAAUCCGAGAGGCAGACGCUCAACCAUUUGAAGUUUUGAUGCUGUUCCUGUACACAGACAAAAUUCAGUACCCACGCAAAGGUCAUGUCCAGGAUGUGCUGUUGAUCAUGGACGUAUAUAAACUUGCUCUGCGUUUUAAAUUGUCCAGACUGGAGCAGCUCUGUGUACAGUACAUCGAGGCAUCUGUUGAUCUGCAGAACGUACUGAGUGUGUGUGAAAAUGCAAACAAACUUCAGCUGGACCAGCUCAAGGAGCACUGCUUAAACUUCGUGGUGAAGGAGAGUCACUUUAAUCAGGUAAUCAUGACUAAAGAGUUUGAGCGCCUGUCCACUCCGCUAAUCGUGGAGAUCGUGAGACGCAAACAACAGCCGCCUCCCAGAGUCUAUUCUGAUCAGCCAGUGGACAUAGGCACAUCUCUCGUGCAGGACAUGAAGGCCUAUCUGGAGGGGGCGGGGUAUGAGUUCUGUGACAUCGUACUUUUGCUUGAUGGCCAUCCACGCCCUGCACAUAAGGCCAUACUGGCUGCUCGCUCCAGUUAUUUUGAGGCCAUGUUUCGCUCCUUCAUGCCAGAGGAUGGACAGGUGAAUAUUUCAAUAGGUGAGAUGGUUCCCAGUACACAGGCCUUUGAAUCUAUGUUGCGCUAUAUUUAUUAUGGGGACGUCAACAUGCCUCCAGAGGACUCGCUGUAUCUCUUUGCAGCACCAUAUUACUACGGUUUCUCCAACAACAGACUGCAGGCCUACUGCAAACAGAACCUAGAGAUGAACGUUACAGUGGAGAAUGUUUUACAGAUCUUGGAGGCGGCUGAUAAGACUCAAGCUCUGGACAUGAAGAAACACUGCCUACACAUAAUCGUCCAUCAGUUCACCAAGGUGUCCAAGCUCCCCAACCUGCGAUCGCUCAGCCAGCCACUGCUGUUGGACAUCAUUGACUCACUGGCAUCCCACAUAUCAGACAAACAGUGCUCUGAGAUGAGCUCUGAUAUAUAGCCUCUCCUCUCCUCUCCUCUCCUCCCUUCUCCCAUCCUGUCCCAUCCCAUCCACUACAAAUGUAUUAAUUUAAUCUUCUGCCCAAUUCCUUCCCUUUCCAUCCAGCACCUCCUCCCAACCUAUACAGGGCCGGCGCUGGCCAAAUUGAUGCCCUACGCAGAGUUCUGUGAUUGUCAGAUGGGGGGAGGGGGGUUGCGAGGUGAUAAUCUGAUGUGGUGCGAGCUCCGAUGCGAUCAUCUGUGUUCCGCGACUGCUAUCGGGUCCUUGAAUAAUGAAUAAUGUGCGAGGAAGGGCAGCCGGUGGAGUUAUUCCUGCUUCACACCCUAUUCUGUGUGCUGUUUCACAUACCCGUAGAUUUUAAUGAUCAAAAUUGUGAUUGGGAAAACAUGCAGGAUGAUUGUACAACUGCUAAAAAUAACUACUAUCACAUAAUACUGAAACUAAAAAAACAACUAAUAAUUACAAAUUAGACAAUUAAGUGUCCCGCAUAUUUAAAGCUUUAAAACAACAAAUUCGAGUGGUUCUAAUGUGUCCAGGUCAUAUUUCACUGCAAAAAAAUAAAAAUAGCAUUGUGACAAAUUUUCAUUAUAAUUAAUCACAUUUCCUUCAAUGUAAUGCGUUUUUGUUGAGUUUUUAUACCCAUCAUUCUCCAUGGUGUUUCUCAUUAAAUUCUUAUUUAUGUAAUAUACAUUUAGGUCCCACUUUAUGGUAACACUUUACAAAAAGGUUCCAUUUAUUAACAUUAGUUAACAACAUUAGUUAACAUCAACUAACAAUGAACAAUACUUUUACAGCAUUUACUAAUCUUAGUUCAUGUAAGAACAUUGUAUCAAAUGCAAGUGCAUAGUAGUUAUGGACUAAAAAGUUGGUCCUAUAUUUACAUGUAUUAAUUUAGACACUUUCAUCCAAAGUGACUUAAAAAUUAGAAAUACAGCAAAAGUGAGUAAUCUUAAGAGAAAAUCUACAAUACAGAGUUUCAGUUUUGUUCAGAGAGGAAAGUGAGAGACAGUGGUGAAAACAUUAUAAAACAACAUGUUUAUAUACAUUUUAUUCUUUAUGAAGCAUAGUAAUUAUGUAUAUAGUCAUUUUAAUUUUCUGGUUCGCAAAAUACUGCAAUACAAAAUCUAAAAUCAUAAUAAAGGCAGUAUAACAAAUACUACCGUUAUUUUUAAUCAUUACAGGAAUGAGAAUAAGAUUUUCUUAUUAUUCAGAAAAUGUGUUUAAUUCUCAUGAUAAUAAUAUCACAUUCCAAAAAACUUUAAUUGUCUUAAAAUGGACUUCAUUUUCUUGAUUUUGUGGUGAAAUAUGACCCAGGCAUGUGCUUAGAUUCAACCAUUGUGGUCAUUCUUGACUGUAGUUUAUAUUACAGAUUCCAUAUAUUCUUUUACAUUUAACAAUUAAUUGAAUUCACAAUAUACAUUCUGUUUUAUAUUCUAUCCCGCACUUUAUAUAUGUAGUAGUUGUCAGAUUUAUUAAAUCCAUAAAACUUGUACUGAUUCUAUGUUGCUGUUAUCUUGAGUUAUGUCAGCGCUCUUGAUUACACCAUUAUGACAUAAAUAAGUGAAUCAGCACAACAACAGUCAAUAUUAAGAUGUAACAAUGUUAUACUUUAUUGUAACCAUGAAAAUAAAGCUGAAUUAUCUGUUGGCCCUGUGGGCACUAUGCCUUAAAUAAAUUGUGCAAU